GCGCGUUUUUGUAUGUUGACGUCAUCUGAGCAGCGCGUUGUUGCAGAGUCACUGCGACGGCUUCGUCUGUAAACAAGGAGACUAGAAAGAAGAGUCGAGAUUCGGUGCUUAAUGGUCGUUGUUCUUAUUCACGGAGAGGCUCAACCUGCAACUGGUCGUUAGAAUCAUUCAGUCUACGUUCUCACUAGAGGUUCAGGUCGUGUUUUCUUCGAACGAGGCUGUUAGCCAGCCAGCUAUCCAGCUCCUGUAGCUUGCCUUAGCAGUUAGCCUCCAGAGCUAGCCAGUCCUGUAGCUUGCCUUAGCUGUUAGCCUCCAGAGCUAGCCAGUCCUGUAGCUUGCCUUAGCUGUUAGCCUUCAGAGCUAGCCAGUCCUGUAGCUGUAGCUAGCCCUGCUGGUUUGUCAACAUCUGAAGGCUGCUGCGGGAGAACCCCCUUUAUGCCCUGACUCUAUCUCUCUUCACUGCGGCCAAAAGACCUUGAACCCUGGGUGGCUCGUCAGAGCAGCCUCCUCCCACCAUGGAGGCAGGAGCAAAGGACUGUGAGGAGGAAACCCUGCAGACAGCGUUUAAGAAGCUGAGGGUUGAUGCAGAGAGCUUACCUGGACCUGUGAGUGCUUCAGAGACACUGGCUCCCAGAGCAGCGUCACGAGCUGCGCUUGAUGCCAGCGGAGCGAAGCCUAAACUCUGCUGCUCGAAGGACAACUGGCAUGGAUCCACAAGGAAAUCCUCUAGAGGAGCAUCCAGAACCCAGCGCCGCCGGAGAUCCAAGUCUCCCAUACUACAUCCCCCAAAGUUCACCUAUUGCAGCACCGCUGUGUCGUCUGCUCUGUCGCCCUCCAGCAGCUGCUUGAAGCCCCAUCACUUGACGGUGCCUGAGACCGUGGAACUUGGCCCUGCACUCAGUGGAAGAACUGCCACCUGUGCAGCACUCCCAGCCCAGAACAAGCUCCCUGCUGCCACAUCCAGCCAAAUCACUCCGCUGGUGUUCGGAUCUUGUGCUGCAUAUGAGACACACAUCGGAGCGGCAGUUUCUUCUACGUGUUUACAAGAGGCCCAUGUGGCUGUUUCCACUGUUUUAACUUGUUGCAGCCCGGAUGAGGGAAGGUCAGCUGAGGUCCAUUCGAGUGAGGAUACGGGCCCAGAGAAAAGUGCCUGUAAUGCAACUGAGUCUGGAGCAGGAGCACCUUGGAGAUCUGGACCCGCUGAAACUGCUGACUUUCGUGCUUUGUCACAGCUCCACAGCAGUCCCUCCGCAGACGGUCCACACCUUCACUGCUCCUGUGCACAGAAGAAAAGCUCAGGUUCCACGGAGGAGGGUCGGCCGCGGCUCGAACUCCAGUGCCAGUGCCAUCAACAGGCCUGGCAGGGGGUGGAGGUGUACUCCUUCACCGGGCUCCGUGACGUCAUCUCGGAGUGCGAGUUGAGCCUGCCGGGCCACGAGGACGCCCCCAGAACUGUCGGAACCAACAGUAACACUGCUGCGGCAUCAGGUUCCCCCCGCUCGUGCUCGGAGCAGGCGCGCGCCUACGUUGACGACGUCACGAUAGAGGACCUUUCUGGCUACAUGGAGUAUUAUCUCUACAUCCCUAAGAAGAUGUCACAUAUGGCUGAGAUGAUGUACACAUAAAGGAAUGAAAACAAUUCCACCCAAAUUAAAUAAAGUUUUGUUUUCUGUUGAGGUGGUCUUGAAGUAAUACCAUGUAGAGGAAUAGAUCAGGCAUAAGGCGAUAAUUUAAAAAACCUAAAUUAACUAAUUUCUAAGACUGUUUGAGCUGGUUCACUUUUUCCUGCCAUGUUUAAUCCUGACAAACUUCACCACCAGCUGCUUAGUACUUAGUUUCUGUUUUGACAUCUCCUGAGUAACGCAUUUUAAUUUUCUGUUUACAAUCACAGUUGCCAAAGCUCUUGGUGCAGGAGAUAAUAAUAGGAAUAUGCAAGCGUGUAACACCAAGUGUGACUAUGUUUGUGCUGUUGUGACCUUGAACGUCACCUGUCUGGAUUUUAUUUUACUCAAUAAAGAGGCAAAGUGUU